GCCGGGAGCUGGCGCGCGGGCCGGGCAGCGGGGGCCGAGGGGGUUGUUUCAGUUUCUGGCGCGAACUUCCGCGGUUGCGAAGUUGCAAGAGCGAUCUGCGCGAUGUCCGGGGACAGCAGCGGGCGCCGGUCGGAGGGUCGGGCCCGGGGCCGCGAUCCGCACCCGCAUCGGGAUCGCACCCGCUCCCGCUCCCGCUCGCGGUCCCCGCUGUCGCGCCGCGCCGCCGCGCCGGAGCGCAGGGAGGCCCCCGAGCGCCCGAGCCUGGAGGACACCGACCCGUCCGAUUCCGGGGACGAGGCGAUCGACCCGGCCUGCUUGGAGGCGGAGUACGACCAGGGCCUGUGCCGCCAGAUCCGCCAUCAGUACCGGGCGCUCAUCAACUCCGUCCAACAAAACCGAGAGGACAUACUGAAUGCCAGUGACAAAUUGACAGAGGUCCUUGAAGAGGCCAACACUCUGUUUAAUGAAGUGUCUCGAGCAAGAGAAGCGGUCCUAGACGCGCAAUUUCUUGUUCUGGCUUCAGAUUUGGGCAAAGAGAAAGCAAAGCAGCUACGCUCUGACAUGAACUCUUUUGACAUGCUGAGAUAUGUGGAGACUCUACUGACACACAUGGGUGUAAACCCUCUAGAGGCACAAGAACUCACCCGUGGUGAAGACAGAUCUGGCUUUGAGUUCAUACUCUAUGACUCCUGGAAAAUCGCAGGCAAAACAGCAGAGAAAACCCUUAAUAAAACGCACACGUUCCACUUUCUGUUGGGUUCAAUACAAGGAGAGGCCCCUGUGCCAAAACCACGAAUUGAUCGUCCAAGACAGCCUCGUAUGGUGGAAGAGCAGCGGGCAAUGCCGGCUCAGCUGAAAUGCAUGGAAGAAUCUCACCAAGAGGCAACUGAAAAGGAAGUAGAGAGGAUCUUGGGGUUGCUGCAGACAUAUUUUAGAGAAGACCCGGACACUCCAAUGUCCUUUUUUGACUUUGUGGUUGAUCCGCACUCUUUCCCCCGCACAGUGGAAAACAUCUUUCAUGUUUCCUUCAUUAUACGGGAUGGUUUUGCAAGAAUAAGACUUGACCAAGACCGACUGCCAGUAAUAGAGCCCGUUAAUAUUAAUGAAGAAAGUGAGAGAAUUGACCACAACUCCCAAAUCAGGAGUCAAGGAAUCAUAGCUUUGAGUUAUCAUGACUGGGAGGAGAUCGUGAAAACCUUUGAGAUUUCUGAGCCCGUGAUUGCUUUGAGUCAGAGCCAGCAGAGGCUGAGUACUUGAUGCAGCUGGAGGACUCGACUGGGUAGUGAAGUAUCACAAAGAAAGCAGCAUGUAUUGUAUAUAAUGUAUGAUCAAAUGUUUUAAGACAGAUUGUUUUUAGUAAAAUGUAGCUUUUGAUAGUUGAUGUAUUUGUCAUGGUUGUCUUUGAUUAAAGGAAACUCACUGCCAGAUUCA